UGAGUGCACAACAACAACGCCCCAAGCAACAACAACAACAACGCGAGCAACAAGAGAAACAUCAGAGAAGGCGUUCAACAUUUAGCAAAGGACGACAACAAUGUCAUCCCUGCAGCGUGAAUGGCAUUUACAGGGUUCACGGGGAUCGGUUUACUGCGCGAGUGAACCGGACCCAGCUGGUGGAGUCCAGUACGAGUCGGGAGGGCUCAUUCUCAACGACACGCUGGCUGCAUCCCACAACACCAAGACCAGCAACGGUGUUGCGUGUCAGCCCACAAGCGGAUCGCUCUUCUCGGUGGUGUCCGCUCCACCGGCACCGCUGCCCAAUGUGCCCGCCGUUGUGGUCCCGCUGGCCGAACUGGAUGUCAAGCAGAUGCAAGCACUGUGCGUGCCUUCGCCCUCGCCCACGCCAUGCGCCUCGCCAUCGACCUGCACCUCGCCAGCAGCCCGACGACCCGCCACGCUCAGCCUGGACACGCCGUGUUGCCCCCGCACGCUGCACGCCAGCCUGCUGGAGCAUCAGAUCUCCGAGCUGGAAGAGGAUGACAACGAGAACCUGUUGACCGUGUCCAGCAUUACGGCGCGUCCGUUGAUAGCCAAAUCGCAUGAGUUGCGCAGCAGUCGCAACAAGCAACAAGCGUCGGGCACAGCGCGAGCCAAGUGCCUGAGGCGGGCCAGGGAGCAGCUGGAGCAGCGACCAGUGCAGCGACGCAACAAGCAGCUGGCCAAGGAUCGCGACUCAUCCACCAGCACCACCGAAAGCAGCGGCGGUGUCGCUGAGCCACCCGAUGGCGGCUACGGUUGGUUCAUUGUCUUUGGCGCGUUCUCGGUGCAGUUCUGGGUCGCCGGACUGGUCAAAUCGUAUGGCGUGUUGUAUGUGGAGAUUAUGGAAACGUUUCCCAGCUCAACGGCUACCGUUGCCUCCUGGAUUCCAGCUAUCCUCUCCGCCCUCUGCCUCGUCCUAGCUCCACUCUCGAGCGCUCUCUGCCAGCGUUUCUCCUGUCGCUCCGUUGUCUUUGUGGGCGGCAUUUUCUGUGCCCUUGGCAUGAUACUCAGCUACUUUGCCACCAAUCUGCUGCACUUGCUCUUCACCUUUGGCAUUCUAACAGGCAUUGGAGGCGGACUCUCGACCACUCCGGGAAUCGUGAUUGUCUCGCAGUACUUUGACAAGCACCGGGCACUGGCCAACGGAAUCUGCGUGUCAGGCACGGCGGCAGGCAGCUUUGUGUUGCCCAUAUUGAUUAAGCACCUGGCGGAGAAUUGCGGCUUCCAUGGCACCAUACUGAUUCUCGGAGGUUGCAUGUUGCACGUGUGCGUUUCGGCAACGCUUUAUCGGCCCCUCAGCGCCAUUGCUGAGAAAGACCAGGCACAAGAUGUCGACAGCAAGCCCAUGGGGGAUGACAUCAAUCCCAGCACGACGGGCAUGCUGACCACAUCCACGUACUUGGACACGUGUGAGGUGGUGUCCAAUGAGCUGAAUGAUAAGUUCAUUGAGCAUUUGUUUCUGGAGGAGUGCAAGAAUCACUUGAACUACUACGCCAGCAAGCAGCCAGCGCAAGACAAGUCGGCACAGGAGAGCGACGAUGAGGUCAAAGACAUCAUUGGAGAAACCACCUUCAUCAAGCCCAUGAAGAAGGUGCGUAGUUCCGGGCUGCUUCACUCUGUGGAGGAUCUCAGCACAGACUCCACUUGGGUGUAUCGCAAGCACUCGGGAACCGACUCCAAUCGAGGCAGUCGACGACGUCGCAAUGUGUUUGCCAAUGAUGAGACCAUAAGCAAGAUUCAAGCCCAUCUCGAGAAGCCGCUGUCGCCGCCCAGUGUCGUCAGUCGUGGUCUCAGCAAAAGCAUGGAAAUUCCCACGCCUGUCAGCAAUCUCAGCGAACUGAAGCAGCAACAGCAGCAGCUGCAGCCUUCAGAUAGCAGCAUACUGGACUCACAGCUUCUGGAAUCGACUGUUGUCUAUGAUGAUGACGACGACGACAAUGAUGUCGCCGAUGACGAUGACGAUGAGCGUCAGCUCAAGCAGGGCUGUUGUGCUCGCAUCGAAAUGUAUCUGGACAUCAGUCUGCUGCAGGAUCCCAGCUUCAUUCUGAUGUGCCUUUCCGUCACCCUCAUGUCCGUCGGCUGUCCCUACAUGCUCUACUAUUUGCCCGCGCAUGUCAUAUCCAUUGGCUACAAUAAAAGCGAAGCGGGAUAUUUGGUGGCCAUAAGUGCUGUGCUGGACCUUUGUGGUCGCCUAGGACUUGGCUGGCUGUCGGAUCUGCAGCUCUUUGAUCGCAAGAAGACCUAUACUCUAUGCAUUCUGGGCGCUGGUCUAGCUGUGCUGACGAUACCCUUCGCCAAGACUCUGAUACUCGUGGGGUUAUCGGCCGCUGUGUAUGGACUUUGCCUGGGAAGUUGGUAUGUGCUGAUGCCAGUGCUGCUUGCGGAUGUGUUUGGAACGGAUCGGAUUAGCUCAAGCUACGGCCUGGUGCGGAUGUUUCAGAGCAUUGGAGCCAUCUCCGUACCACCGCUGGCUGGCCUACUAAGGGAUUUAUCUGGUGACUAUGAGAUCUGUUUCUAUUGCAUGGGCUCCUGCAUGGUGCUGGGCUGCACUCCGCUUGUGGUCUGGACCAUUCUGGAGGCACGCAAUCAUCGUCUGUUUGUGCAGCACGAGGAGGACGAGUGCGAGGAGGCCUAGAGCAAAAGUUGGCCCUCAUUCGGGGGCUAGUUGUGGUUCAGUUUGUUGCUUAGCAGUUACUUGAUUAUUCAAAUGAAAUAUUUGUUGUUUGCUCCAUAAAGUUAGUCGUGUUUCGUAGCGUUUACAAUUAGCCCGAAAAUGUUUUCCAUAGCAGUACAAAAACCUGAGUUCGAAUGCCUCACCGAUAACGCUGAUAAUCUCACACAAAAGAAAAAUAGAACAUUCUCUCCCUAUAUUAUAUGUUCUCACUAAUACAAUACUAUAUGUUUACAUCAGCCUGCUUAACUUAACAUGACUCUACAAUCUAUGUAUUUUAAAUAUAUAGCAUAAUGUUAUCCCAACAUGAAGAAGCACCGAAAGUUGCGCAAAGAACUGAGUUAAAAAGACAUGAACACCAACAAAUAAAUACCCAUUAAUAAAUAUAUAAAUAAUCGAUAUAUGAUAUACGACAUACGAUAAUUGAUAAAUGAUUUAUGAGUGCAUAUACAUUCAGUUAUGUAUUAAUCUAUGUACUAUACAAUGUGUAACUAUACUUAGUUGUAGGUUUACAUGACCAUUGAACGCACACAAUAUCACCAAUAACAUAUUUUCAAGACACCUUUGAGAAGCGCUAAGAGAGGCUAUUACUUAUUAAAUGUUUAACAACUGUACUUCUACCAUUCUAAGCAUCAUUUUUCUGGAGCACACCAAAGCAUUGCAUUAAUCUAGUUGUAUAAUAGUUGUUGUGAGACAUUUACCCAAAACAAAAGAAUUUCAACAAAAAAAAACACAAU